AUGCCCGAUGAACCAAACUUGAAGCUGCAUGGUAUGUGGAUGCUUCUACUGCGCAUUGUUCCUUUACACGAGUCAGAGGACACAGCUUGGUUUGCUGUUAAUGGAGUGCCCAUUCGGUAUUCAAUGAGAGAGCAUGCUCUCAUGUCGGGAUUGGACUGUCAUGACUACCCGGCUAAGUAUAAGAAGAUUGGAAGCUUUGCGUUUGUAGACAUGCAUUUCAAAUCACAUAAGGAGAUCACGAAGAUAUCUAUGAGAGAGAAAUUGUUGAGUAUGGGUGCGUGUGGGGAUCGACUCAGGAGGGCGGUGCUUUACUUCUUAGGCACGAUUAUCAGAGGGAAGGGAAGGUAUAAUGCCCCUUUUGACCCUUUCAUAUUAAGAGUCGUCAACGAUGUGGAGGUUUGUAAAAUCUUUCCUUGGGGUCGGUUGACGUUUGAAGAUGCUCUCCGGUCCAUCACUCGCGUGAUGAAGCAUCUGAAAGGGAAACCUAAGAAUAAUGUCAACUUUCUCGGGUUCAUAAUUCCUUUGGAGAUCCUGGCAUUUGAGUGUAUUCCAGCUCCGAAAGCACGAUUUACAGAAGGUGUAGAUGGCUGUAUGAGUAAGUGUCUGAGGAUGUGUAAAAAGCGGUUCCAAAGUAACAGCAUGAAGGGUUAUCCUCUUGCGGAUUUAUACGACACACUUGGAGAAAUUAAGGUUAUUGAUAGUGUUCUUGUUCCUACUGUUGAUGAGGAACCUCUCAUGGUACGCAUAAUGGAUAGGGAGCUAGACUAUGAAAAUGAAGAAGGCGUGAAUGUGGCUGAUGUGGCUGCAAGGGAGUUUCCUCAGAAGAAAGACAAAAGGAAAGUGCAUGAAGAAGCAUCCUCUUCUAAUACAAGUUUGGAAGACGUUUUGAAAGGGUUUGAAGAGAGGUUGAUGACAUGUUUGAGUGAAGUGAAUGGGAAGGUGGAGAAAAUGAACAAGAGGUGUAAGAGGAUGAAGGUAAUGGAGAAGAAGCUUGAGAAGAUUGAAGAUUGCCAAUAUUAUUUAAAAAAGAAGGUCAAGAAGGUGGAGACAUUGGACGGGAGGAUUGAUGGCAUUGAGAAAGAAAUGAAAGAGAAGGAGGAGGAUAACAAGAACAAUGAGGGUUUCGACUACCAAGGCAUGGAUUAUGACUGGGGUGGGCAGCGGAAUGACAGAAAUGAAGUGGACGCAACAACCAAAGAACCUGAAGAUGCAGAUAUGGUUGAAAAUACAGAGGUGGUAGAAGAGAAAGAGAGUGAAGAAGAGGCUCAGAAGGACGAUAGAGGGGAUGAGAAAGAGAGUGAAGAAGAGGCUCAGAAGGACGAUAGAGGUUCUGAGGAAGAGAAAGAACCUGAACCUGAAGCAGAAGCUGAAGAAGACAAAGAAAAAGAGGAUGAAGAGGUUGAGAAUGAAAAAAUACCUGAGAAAGAAUCUGAUGAGGUUCAAGAUGAGGUUGAGAUGAAUGAAGCCAAUGAGAUUGAAGAAGAGGUUGAAACAGAAGCUCGGGUUGAAGUUGAAACCGAGAAAACUCCUACACCACCACGUGGUAGGACUAAGGCAGCAGCCGCGAAGAGACAAGUCCUUACAACACCAGAGAAGUUGUUCGAAAAGGCUGAAAAAUGGUGGAGGAAGAGGUGGAAGAACCUGAGGAAGAGGCUGAAAAAAUGGUGGAGGGAGAGGUGA